GAUUAAUUUGGAACAUCACUAAAGAAAAAUAAAGAGAAUUAAUUUUGGACGGAGUUAAUAUUUGAUAAAAUUAUAUAUUAUUAAUUAUCUCCUUUUUUGUACGAAGUAUAACUUUUUUUUAAAAAAAAUUAAAAUAAAAAAGAGAGCUAUGAGUGUAAUGGGCUUGCCAACCCCAAUAUCGGUGUUGGGCUUCUCAUCUCUCUCGGGUCACUCAAUUGACGUCUGCAAAGUCGCGGCGGGUUCUUCACCAUUUCUCGACGGCAAGCGGAAGAGAUAAUGGAAUCCGAAGCACCGCCGCCGUCACAGCUGCUCCGCCGUCUAAUAGACUUCGACACCGAGCUCUCCCUCCGUCUCUACACUCUAGCCCACCCAAUCCUCCCCUACUCUCUCCUCAAAUCACUGGAAAUCUCCGGCGACGGCCGUCUAUUCUUCCCAGUCGUAAUCUCCCUCCUCCUCACGACGACCGCCGCCACCGCCUUCCUCAUCAACCUCCUCCUCGCCGCGGUCCUCGAUCUAGCUCUAAUCGGCCUCCUCAAGCACCUCAUCCGGCGGCCCCGACCCGUUUACAACCAGAACAUGUUCCUCUCCUUCUCCGUCGACCACUGGUCGUUUCCGAGCGGGCAUUCCUCCAGAGUCUUCUUCAUCGCCACCAUGUUCUACCUAUCGCCCGAUCUGGUACAGAGAUCGCUUAUUGAAGCCGGGUACGGCUCGUAUUUGGGUCAAUUCGUUCACAUUGUCGGAGCCUGGGCAGUGAUCACAUCGGGUUCUAGGGUUCUUCUCGGCCGCCAUUUCGUGCUCGACGUGGUCGCCGGAGCUUGCUUGGGCGUUCUGGAAGGAAUUUUCUCGUUUCAGAUAUUCAAUUAUGGGAAUUUAAUGUCGUUCGUUCAUGAAAGGACCCCCAUUGCCACUAAACUAAUCCUGUAACUUCGGAUUCCUACCCGGGUGGUGGCGUAGUUCAGAUGGUCAAGAGGUUGUGCGAAAGGGAUAUAUUUGGGUUCCCGAAUUCGCACGAAGCCUAUAAAAAUGACCAUAUAUUAUGCAAAACGAAGCGAAAGAUUGCCACACUCUAAAUUUAGCUAAAUUCAAAAUACCUCUAUUUCAAAAAGAUUGUCAUAUUAUGCAAAAUGAAGCGAAAGAAUGCCAUUUUUGAAUGGGUAAAAUAUGACAUUUUUUUUAAAAAACAUAGGGAAUAUGUAACUUGGAUUCCUUGAACUGAGCAUGGAAUGCAGAUCCCUU